CGAAUGUACAGAAUAUACGUGAAUUCAGGAGUGACUCGUAUUUGUAGAUCUAUCACAGCGUACACCGUAGGAAGGCUUAGUUUUGAGCAGGUUGACAUAGAGAACCCGGAUUAAUUCAGUCACAGUCACGUCAAAUAGCCUCCGAGACCAAUUAUAACUGUUCAUAGCACAAGGGGCCGGAAUCGGUGGUAUGGUAGGUGGUCUCUCAUGGUAAUAUAUGAGAAAAACCCAAGCGUUCCAGAAUGUCCACAAGAUUGAUCUUGCUGCCUCUAUGCGAAGACGUGCAAGGUUUCCGGGUAUUGAUACUUUCUCUUGACGAGAUUCUACAUUACACCGCCACUGACUCACAGUGAAAACUGUGGCGAACCAAAACCAUCAUACGGGCCUCAGCUUCUUGUCCUUUCUAUUUCUCCCUUACAGACAAAAAAGUAAGCUGACCAUGCGACUGUCAUCCUUGGUGUUUCUUGGCUUUGCGACGGCUAGCGUCACAGCGUUUGCGCCUGUGCAUUUGUCUCGCCGUUCUGUCGUCUCGGUAUACCCCUUGGCGGGCGGGCGGGGAGGUUUGGCCGCCAGUCCGGAGCUCGAUUCGACACCAUGCGAUACCCCCGACGCCACGGCGGAAGAUUUGGUGUCCACAAAAGGAUCCGCCGUCGCGAUGCGCGCCGCCAGUCUGACGAAUGUCCAUGGCGACGUGGUGCGGUUGGGCGACGUGCUGGGUUCGAACGACGCCGCCGCCGCCGCGACAUUGGCAUGCUACGCCAAGGCCGUGUGUGCGCUCCAGCAACAGGAGGAUAUGAAAGCGGCCGGAAUUACGCAAGGCCCGGUUUUCGUGUCGGUAGGAACGGCUGCUCAGCUGGAAACCUUUCUCGAGCUCAAUCCUGAAGUGCCCAAGGAAAGCGUGCUCGUGGAUAAUUUGGAUCGGAAAGUAUAUCAGUCUGUGGGGCUCAAAUUAUUUACCGAGACGGAUCCUAACGACGCCAAGGAAGGAGGGAAGAAUAUCUCCGCUCCCAAAGAAAUGAAAAUGGGUGAUUGGUGGAAAUACUUGACGAAUGCGGCGAAACUUUCUCCCAUUGCCGAAGACCAAAAGUUUGGGGAACUUCCGCCCGGAGUAUUACAGCUGGGAGGGACCUUUUUGCUACAAGGUGACGAUGUGAUCUACCAAUGGAACGAUCGCGUUCCUGGAGAUGUACCGGAUCUGCAGCUCGUGUUGGCCAAAGCCAAGGUAGCUUCGGCCGCGAUGGCCAGUACCUAG